GGCGGGGGGGCAUAAAGAUAACUGAGGCUGAGCAGAAGGGCGCUUCCUAUGUCCCAUCCACUGCCUCAAACUACGGGUUAUUACUGUGCGCUUUGGGUGAGUGUCCGGACGGGAUGGGCUCCACAACUCAGAGAGAGGGGCAGACUUCCUACGGCUACAACGGGAUGACAGAGCUGGGACCACAUCUCCAGAUUCCCGGCUGUGUUUGCUGCUCUCACUCAAGCUGUUUCCCCUUUCUCUGGGGUCACAUUCCGCUGCCGGCAGGGAACAGGGAGGCGGCAGGGAACAGGGAGGCGGCUGAAGGGAGCCAGGGGUGUUCUGGGCUGGGAGGAAGGGAGGUGGGGGGGCGCGGUGCCUGGGCCCGGCCUCCCUGGCUCCUGGGGCGGGGCCGUCUUGUUAGCAGAGACUUCUGGCCCGGCCAGGGCUGCGGAGGGGGCCUGGGUGCGGUUUUCUCCUGUGUCGUGGUUGUCUCUUUUGUCUUCCAGGAUGGACCUGUAGGGUCUACGUGGGGUAGGAGCUGGGAGCUGCACGCUGCCAGACAUGGACCGAGCGCCUUCUCCCGGCUAGAAGCUGAGGAUCUGGAGGUCAACACGAGGUGCGGUCCCGCCCUCUCAGGUCUUCACGACUCCCGGGUGACCCUGGACUCUGGCCACGGUGACACAGGGAGCAGCCUUUGGUGGUUUUCUGGAACCCUGGACAAUUCCCCGGAGACCUCAUCCUUCCCAACUCCUGGGCUGGAGCCCCCCGGGGAUAAAGGCCCCUCCUGGUUGGUGCUCAGCCGAGGACAGGACCUGGCUCUGGAGGACAGCGCGAGGGCUGUGAGGGACGCUGGCAGCCCACCGUCCCCUCCGCUUCUGUCCGGACCUGCCUGCUGGGCCCUACGGUCCAGGCCUGGAGGCCCUUCCUGACCCCGUGAGGACGUGGUUUCUCCUUGAAUCCCUGCCAGCGACCGGGCAGAGCUGGGCCUGGGCCAAGGCCCCGCUGACCACACCCUCGCCAAGGCUGGGUCUCCAAGGACCCUACAGGACAGGAGUCGGGGAGGAGCUCCCAGUGGGAUGGAGGGCGGAUGCCGCCCCCGGGGCGCCACUGGCUGGAGGCUGUCUUGCGCCGUUUGCUGUGUGAGUGAUUCUCGUUUUUGUGGGAGCUUCUUGGAGCUUUUCCUUGCUUCUCUCCCUGAUGGUGACCAGGAGGAGGCAGUUGGGCCUGGGGGGAGCUUGGGCCUUUCCCUAGUGUUACGGAGCUCUGGGAGGGGCUAUCCUGAAAGGAGAGAGUUUCCAAGAGAUGCGGAGACCCAGGCUGGAGGGGGAGAGGGGUGUGCGUGGUGGCGCUCACCAGAAGGAGACAGACACGGGGCCUUGCUCCUGACAUCCAAAGGGAAUGGUCUGGAAUCAGCCUCACCCCAGCCCAAUCUCAGACCCUGCCCCCUGCCACACCCCUGUCCCUGGGGAGCAAAGGCAGGCAGGGCAGGCUCCCCAUCACGCGGGCAGACUCACUUACACGCCCCCCUCCUCGUUCUCCACUCCCUCCAGCCCCCGCAGCGGGGCCCAGUCCCAGUGCUUGCACAAGAGCUGCCUCGGCUUUCCUUAGGCAAGUUUAAGAGCCCCAACAUCCUUUUCCCAGGGUGGGGAGGGGACCUGUUUUAGUCAGCUUGGGCUGCCAUAACAGAGUACCACACUG